CUGAUGGAUUUUCAGUUUCAGUACGCUUGUUCGUGCAGAAAGCCAAAUAAACUUUCUGUGAGUGUACUGCACGACACUAUCUACCAACAGCGAACGAAAGCGCGGCUGAACGAAAUCGUCGAUCGAGCGUGGGAUGAAGCCGAUCCGGAAAUUCUUGCCGAGCUGACAAUUGUACCGGAAAGCAUAAAAAAGCUGGAUAACCUGGAUGAACCAUUCGCUGCCCAGGAAAACAUUCCUGUGCUCAAUGGCAACGAAAAGGAUUUAGCGAUUAUGAAAAGUAUCAGUAAACAAAGUUAUUCGGGGGGAAAUGUCUGCGCCUGUGAGGCUAUCGUCGAUCGGCUAUCCAUAGUACUCGAUGCCGGUUUGGCAGAAAUUAAUGUCGAACCUGUGCAAGAAGAAUCCUUGCUUGAGAAACUGCAGCUGAUAAAGCCUUAUGCGCAACUCCUAAAAGACGAUGUCUCGCUGGCCAAUUUCUUCAUCAGGUUAUGGAAACAAGCGGUUCGGUUCUAUUGUCCUAAGCUAGUACAGGUCCUUGUGCAGGUAUACCCAAAGUUUCUUACCACACUCGUAGAUGAAUUAAUGAAGCUUCCUGAGCUAGAUUAUGCCUCGUUACAAUCGUCGAAUCUGUUCAAAUUUCUGACCCGAUGUCUUACGAUAAGUGAAUCUUUUUAUGUCACGCUAUCCUACCUAGCAAAGCAGGACCGUGCUCGUGCACAGCCUCUGGUUAGCGCUUGUGUUCGUGCUACCAAGGACCAACUAGCCGGUAAAAAAUAUUUUGCCCUGUUUCCGACGCGAAUCAGACCGUACGCCAUCAUAAUGAAUGAAAUUAUAAAUUCCAACGAUCCUGACCUUGAAACGCUUAUCGGGCAGUUGAAAAAAGAGUACCCCCACGACUAUAGAAUUCUCAUCAUGAUUUAUCCAAUUUUUUGCUGUCUGAAGAAUAAGUCAUCACAAGAAGGCAACGGGGAAUCCGUCUGGCGGAUAUAA